AGAGGGUUUGGGGCUGUUUCCCUUUGAAUGACCAGGAAGGGUGAGGCCCCCGCCGUGGCCCGGGGGUUGGAGCUGAGGGUCGCAGGUUUGCCUGCGACGGGCAAAAAAAACCGCAGCCCCUGACUCCAAAUUCGGGUCUCAGAGGGUGACAGGCCCACGUUCCUGGGAAGCCGGGGUUCCGAGUGAUCCUGAGUGGGAAGAGGGUACUAGCCCCGAAACGGGGCCUCUAACAAGGUGGUCCCAGCCCCAGUGAGCGCCACUCGGCGCCCCGCAUCCCCCUUCUCUACUCUGGAGGUUCAUCUCCCAAACGUUUUAUUCUGGGACGCUUUCUCGAGCCGCUCCUCCCCUCCCCGCCAGCUGGCAUUAAACGUCAUUUUAUUUACCUGGAAGACCCCUCUCAUUAAGCCGGAACCCCUGGGGGCACAAGCCAAGAGGAUCCAAAUCUUUGGGACUCACAUUUGCCGUCCCGGUCUGGGGUGGCUCCUGCGAGAGGUGAAAGGCCCACCGGGCAGGGGUCCGUGGCUCAGAGGCCGCGGGGGCUGCAGCUGGCGUGGAGCGCGGCGGGCCUAGAAGACCCCGGAGCCCGGGGAUCCUAGGCCUUGCCUCGCCGAUACUGAGGGCCUCUCUGGUCGCUGCGGACACCGCCGCCCAAGCCCCACACCUUGGUGGGAUUUGGAAGCUGGGCCCCUCGCCCUUCCCAGAAUUCAAGCUUGCAGUGUCCGCAGGUGGUGCUUGCCAGCCAUCUGCAACGGGAUAACUCCGAACACUUGUUGAAAAUCCAGAUUACCUGGACCCAGAUCGGAACCGGGGGCGGCAGGAGAAAAGAGAAUCUGAAUUUUAACGACACAUUUUGGGAGAUGUGUAUGCUAGAUCUGGGGGUCAGGAAAUAAAGCGGAAGAGUGUAAGUGUCCGGCAUUGUGCCCAUAGCUCUCGGUGCGUAAUAGCGCUCCUGCAGAGCCGCUACCACGGAAAGGGAACUGCGGGAAAUUUCCCUGGAUACCGCCGACGUUGACAAACCCAGUGUCCCUGGGCCUUUCCAGUUUUCCUGGCAGGUUGAUUUCGAGUCAGCAUGUCGGCUUCAAUGAAGGAAUGCCUUCAGCUUCAGCUGCUGGAGAUGGAAAUGCUGUUUUCUAUGUUUCCUAACCAAGGAGAAGUAAAACUUGAAGAUGUCAAUGCCCUGACGAACAUAAAGAGAUACUUGGACGGCAUAAGGGAGGCGUUGCCACCAAAAAUCGAAUUUGUGAUCACCCUGCAGAUCGAGGAGCCCAAGGUGAAAAUCGACUUGCAAGUAACCGUGCCUCACAGCUACCCCUAUGUAGCACUACAGAUGUUUGCACGGUCUCCAGAACUUGACAGACAGCAGCAGCUGCUUCUCAACAAAGGCCUCACUUCCUACAUCGGGACUUUUGAUCCAGGGGAGCUCUGUGUGUGCGCGGCCAUCCAGUGGUUACAGGACAACAGUGCCUCCUACUUCCUGAACAGAAAGCUCGUGGACGAACCAUCGACACAAGCAAAGCCAGUCAAGAACACCUUCCUCCGGAUGUGGAUCUACAGUCACCAUAUAUAUCAGCAGGACCUCCGGAAAAAGAUCCUGGAGGUCGGGAAAAGGUUGGACGUGACAGGAUUUUGCAUGACAGGAAAGCCAGGGAUAAUCUGUGUGGAGGGCUUCAAAGAGCACUGUGAGGAAUUCUGGCACACAAUCAGGUACCCCAACUGGAAGCACAUUUCCUGCAAGCAUGCGGAGAGUAUCGAAACAGAAGGAGAUGGGCAAGACCUGCGCCUUUUCCAUUCUUUUGAAGAAUUACUCCUUGAGGCCCACGGUGACUAUGGCUUGAGGAAUGACUAUCACAUGAAUCUGGGCCAGUUCUUGGAAUUUCUCAAAAAACACAAAAGUGAGCAUGUUUUCCAGAUAUUAUUUGGUAUUGAAAGCAAAAGUUCUGACUCCUAGGAAGCUAUGAAGAAGCCUACAUAAGCUAUAACUUAAGCUCACUAAGUUAUAUUUCUAUUAAUAAGAGCAAAAUAAAAGGACUAGUAGCUGGUUAGCAUCAUCGGUGGGGAAACCUAGCUGCAGUAUUUUCCGUGGUAUUGAAACAAACACAUAAGCCUUUUAACUUUAUAACAGUGUGAUGGCGAUGUUACCUCUGUGUUCUUGUUAAUUGAAAACUAUUUCAUGGUAAACUAAUAAAAACCAGUCAGUCUAA